GUCGUAGAGUAAACACGUGCUGUGGAGGAUUCUCUCAGACAUAUCUACCAGCCAAGCCAACAAACGAUGUAAGUGAAAUAGUGACCAAAGUGCAAAGUGAAAAGUGACAAAAUGGAGAAGAGCGGUUCAGUGACGAAAAAGCCUAAACAGCUGACAAGUCCGGUGCCUCCCCCGCCGUUACCUCCUCUCCCGGACAAACCCGCGGGAGACCUGGUAGCCAAGAGUCCUCCGGAGUCAUCCACUCCCACCAAAGUAGGAACUUUACAGUCCAGCAGUGAAGAAACCCCGCGAAGAGACACGGACACAGUGCGAGUGCUGCAGUACGGCGGACUACAGAUGGUAUGCGGAGUGUUGAUGUUGGUGCUCGGAGUGCUGACGUUGGUGCACAAGGCGUCCAUGGGACAGUGGGGCGCGGGACUGUGGGGCGGUGGGGCUGCGGCAACUACAGGGCUAGCGGGGCUCAUGGCAGGGCUACGGGGCUACUAUAACCCCGGCGAGUCCCUCAGUAGCACCGGGGUGACUGUGUACUUGGCACUGUGUUUGGUGUCACUAGCCACCACUACAUUGGCCAUCGUCGUGACUAGCACGGGGCUGCUGAGGGAUCUUCACAGACCGGUGCUGGACGAGGACGUGGACCUGACAGCGUGGGCGCCUGUCCUGACCUCCCUCGGUCUCCUGUUAGCCUCCGUCCUCCUAGCCGCCUCCCUGGUGGCCGCGUCACUACGGGUGUACCGCCGGGUCUGUCCCUGCACCAGGCCUCCGCCCCAUCGUCUCCUGGAGUCCCCGCCACUGGGCAAGCAGGGGUUGGUACACUCGUGGCUAGGGUUGCCGCCCCAGGGGACAUUGCCUCCUGUACUGUACCCGGCAGCCCCCCCACAACCACUGCUGGUCUACCCGCCACCUCUUAUGAUGGAAGGCAGUGGGCUAUAUACAGUGCCGCCUAGUUCAGUGGGAUACCCACAAUGCAUCAGUCCAUUGCCCAACAACCCCUACAUGCAGAGGAGGAGAUCUCCUCACCCUCACCGUGGGAGACACUCUGUGACACCAGACAGCACAAAACGGAGUAGGCGACCAGAGAAACGGGAGAAAGAAAAGCGAGAGAUAACAGACGAACAGCUAGAGAAGACAUACACAGGACUGGACAGAGAAAUAGCGGAGGAGUUUAUCUCGAUAGCGAUGACCAACUCACAGAAUUCCUCAUCAAGAGGGCUUAGGCCCAACAGGGACAAAGUGAUUGAUUGUAUAGCGCCUCGGUGAAAACAUUCUUGGUGCCAUAUCUGUGAAAGCACUGCACAAGUGUGAAACAUUAUGUCCUAAGUUUCUUAGUAGACAAUGUAACAGAUAAUAAAUAUUUGUCAAAGAAAGGAACGGAGAGAAAAUCCUGGACUUAGAGAGGAUUGUGCGAUCAAGUAAGAGCUCUAGUAAAGAGGGCAAAGAUUAGUGUUGCUUUGAAUUAAGGUCUCCAACAAGCCCCAGUCACAGCCCAGCAAGCUACAAUCAAAAAUCUGACAGCACUGUGCUCUUUACUUCUCUGAGUAUUAACUCCUUAAUAAUCAUUGCAAAAUUUGUUAAUAAGCAUUCACAUAGGCCUAUUAAUUAUGUGAAAUAAAUCAUUAUAUGAUUUGCUUUUAUAAUUAAUUUUCUUAGGUCUAGAAGGUCAACCCUUGUUAAAGUUAACAAAUGUGACAAAGAAAACGUGUUUUGAUGUAGAAAAUGUGAGAGGUGGGUGUUUGUUUGCACAAUGUUGGCCGCUAGUAAUCGUUUGAGUUGGUGAUCAUACACACAGAAAAUAUGUAUGUGGAUAACGGUUUGGUGUCUAACUCUAAGUAGUCUGAUGAUUAUCCAUAAACUUUAAUCACUGAGUCGAUGGGAACUGAUGGCCUACACCGUGCCAAUAUGUAGGCCUAUGGUCUUUUACAAACUUCCAAAACCACUUAGACAUAUUUCAACACUUUUCACGUCCAUACAAUUUUCUCUAUACUUGUCUAUCAAUUGGACAUUAAUUUCAAUAGUAUUAUCACCCUAUUGGCUGCAAUCGGAGCUCCUUGAAGACCUUAACCAGACAGGGAACAUACAUAAUUUUAGGAAAUGUCAUGAGUCAGUUUUUGUUUGGGUGACAACAUAGUAAAGCGGCGAGGCAAAGCUAAGCGGGUUUUAAAUCAUACAUGUACCCGCGCCAGCACGCUAACCUCUCCGCUCCAAUUUUCUACCCCAAUUUCUUUACCUCGAGGAUCAUGCUCAGUGGUCAAACCGACUAAAAUGUAGUUUUAUUUUGUCCGUUCGUAAACACAGUCCUGUUUGGGACCAGGAAUAAUUUCAUUACAAUGCAUGAAAUGAUAUCGAGUAAUUAUUCUUGUCAAAAAAGUACUAUUUUCCCAUUAAGUCACAUAUUUAAUUUACAAUUUAUCCUGAAAACAGUUUUUGUAACUCUUUUAUACAUGUUUCUAUAAAUAUAUUGACAAUUUUUUUUAUUUGAAAUAUGUAGUCAGUUUUUCAAUGAAUGGCCACUUUGCUGUUUCACUAUUUUCACCAUUCAUUCAUUUCUUUACAAAACUAGUACAUUUUACCCUCAUGAUAGAUAAAUUAGGUUUUAAAUUAUAUUCCUAAGUACUGUAAUACUGUAUGUAAUUCAGCCUCUUGACUCGCUACUGUCGCCGCUCCACUAUGUGCAUGUGCAGCACCGCUACCAUCGGGGGUAAAAAAACUCUCAGCUAAGCUCUCCUCCACAAUCUAGCCUCGCUGCUCCACUGUUUUCACCCUCACUUCCAGAUCAGCCAGCAGUGGGAGAUUUGUUGUUUAAAGAUUGGUUUAAUAGGUGUGUUAAGUAAUACCUAUGUUUAUACUACCAAGAAUGCUCUGUCGAACACAGGAUGUGAAAAUCCUCCAGCAAAAGUUGUAUCGGGAAACUAAGGCACUCAUACCACUAAAGUGUGUUUUAUAUGUAUCAACACGUGUCUGCCGUACCAACAUAUAAAAUGUUUCAACUGUGGCCACGUCAGUCUCACAAGAUAUGCAUCCCUGAUCUAUAUUAUAUGUAUACAUUUACAAAUGCAAAUUAUUACUGAAACUUAAAUGUGUUAUUUAUUAAAAUAAAAAUAUUUUUUAUUUCUGAAUGAGUGAGUCCAAAAAUUGCAUAUAACUUUCUCCCUUCAUAGCUAUUUAAACAAGGAAUAUCACACUAUUAUGUAGGUUCCUUUGUUUGACCAAUGACAAUGUUGCUCAAUUUUACAAUAUUUGUAAAAAAUGUUAUUUAACAAGUGCUCAACCUGUUGUUUGUGUUAAAGUAUUUCUAAGUACUGUAAUGAAUGUUACCUAAGAAUUAGCACUAACAUAACUAACAUUUGACUAUAGUACAUCACGUUAACAGCUAUUGAGUUGGCUUUAAGGUAAUAGUUUAGCAUACAGACACCAACUAUUACUUUCAAUAGUUUUUUUUUACAUUUUAAACAGAGAAAUUAAGGUGAAAAACUGUAACACUUCAUACUCAUAUUUUAUCAAAUUCAGCUUAAAGCCAGCUAAAAUGGUUUUUAUUUCAUAUAUUUUGUACAUUAUUUUGUAAAUAAAUAAUAUAAAAUGAUUGUUUCUUCUUAAU